AUGACUACAGAAACAAAAACGAAGGAAAACGACUCUUUCGUGCUCCGCGGAGUCAAAGAUGUGCAAUUCGAAGACCGCCCCGUCCCCAAACUCGCCAGUCCCUACGAUGUCCUCCUCCAAGUCAAGUACACCGGGAUCUGUGGCUCAGACGUGCACUACUGGCAACACGGCCGGAUAGGACAAUUCGUGGUCAAAGACCCCAUGGUGCUAGGCCACGAGUCGGCGGGAACAGUGGUGGAAGUGGGAUCCAAAGUGAAAACACUGAAGAAGGGCGACAGGGUGGCCAUGGAACCCGGUGUCCCCUGCCGACGCUGCGUGCGGUGUAAAGAAGGGAAAUACAACUUGUGUUUCGACAUGGCGUUUGCAGCUACACCCCCAUACGACGGCACAUUGGCCAAGUACUACGUGCUGCCGGAGGACUUCUGCUACAAGCUGCCGGAAAACAUGAGCCUGGAAGAAGGCGCGUUGAUGGAACCUCUUGCAGUCGCCGUGCAUAUCACCAAGCAGUCGGGUCUGAAGCAGGGCGACAAUGUGGUCAUUUUCGGCGCCGGGCCCGUCGGACUGCUCUGCUGUGGCGUGGCCAAAGCUCUGGGCGCGAGAAAGGUGAUUGCCGUGGAUAUAAACAAGGAACGACUCGAGUUUGCCAAAUCCUUUGCGGCCACGGCAUCGUUCGAACCGGCCAAAGUCUCAGCACCGGAAAAUGCCCAGCGACUCAAGGAUGAAAACGAUCUCGGCCAGGGUGCCGAUGUGGCCAUCGACGCCAGUGGCGCAGAACCGAGCGUCCAGACGGCGAUCCAUGUCUUGCGCAUGGGCGGCAGCUAUGUCCAGGGUGGGAUGGGUCGGGAUGAGAUCACGUUCCCCAUCAUGGCCGCCUGCACCAAGGAAUUGACCAUCAAGGGCAGUUUCCGCUACGGGUCCGGUGACUAUCAGAUGGCGGUGGAUCUGGCGAGCAGUGGCCAGGUUGAUGUCAAGAAGCUGAUCACUAGGAAAGUCAGUUUCGAGAAUGCCGAACAGGCGUUUGAGGAUGUGAAGGCCGGCAAGGCGAUCAAAGUCUUGAUUGAGGGGCCGAAGUGA